AUGCUUCGAGGAGACGAAACAAUCAAGAGUGCGCCAGUGCGUCGGUCCCUGGUGCGUUGGUCUCCUCCCCCUCAGGAUCAUUACAAAGUGAACUUCGAUGCAACUUUCUUUGCAGAAACCGGGUCAGCAGGUGUUGGUGUAGUUGUUCGUGACUGUGAUGGGCAAAUUAUUGGAGCUUUGCGGCAGAAUAUUGGCUCGGUUCAGUCUGUUGAAAUGGCUAAAGCUUUGGCAACUCGUAGGGCAGUGAGGUUUGCUGCAGAGUUGUGUGUGUUUCAAGUGAUUAUUGAAGGUGAUUGUAAUCGGGUUAUUGCUGCUUUGAAAGGCUUUGGUUGCUGUCGUACUUUGUUUGGUCACAUUAUUGAUGAAUCUAAGCAAAUUGGGGGAACGUUGAGGAGCUGUUUGUUUCAGCAUGUUCGGCGUGAGGGGAAUAGGUUAGCUCAUUGUUUAGCUAAAAAAGCAGUUUUAUCUGCAGAUAUUGAUGUAUGGGUAGAAUCUCUACCUGAGGAUGUGGAAGAUGUUUUCCAUUCGGAUUUGCCUUGA